AUGACGACGGACGUGGGCCUGUGUCGCUCAGAGUUGCCUGGGCCAGCUUCCCAAGUGGGGAGUCAGUUGCCCACUUUUGGUUCAGCAUUGUUCUGGAAAGAUUAUCUCGUUUUUGUGGUGCUCUUCGUGGGUCUGAAUGUGGCAACUGGGGUUAACGCGAGAGGCAAAGUCCGGCCUUUGCCAUUUCUUGCGCGCCUCGUCUCUUCCCGUUCAGGGAGCGCGUCUUCCACCUGGAGUAAGAGUGUGGAGGACGCAGAACCUGCAAGGAUCGUGCGCAACCCAAAUGAGAGCUUAGUGACCGGCUGCGCCGGCGGUACUUGCCUGGUCCGGGCGGCCAAGACAAUCCCAGCGGUGCUCAAAGAGCAAGCAGCCCGGAUUCCAGAUGCUACAUUUCUCGAAAUCUGGGUGCCUGGAAGGGGGGUUAUUCGAAGUUUAAGUUUUCGCGAAUUUGCCAGUAUGGUGCAGAGCGCAGCUGGAUGGUUGAAGGCAAAGGGCGUCGUGGCUCAGGAGCAUAUUGGAAUCCUCUCGCAGGACACAUUAGAUUACAAGGUCCUCUUACUUGCAUGUAUGCAGCUUGGAGCUGUGCCUGUUCUGCUUAGUUGGAGGCAGCCCCUGGCUAUUCAAGAAGCCAUGUUGUCCGCGGCUAAGUGUACAAAGCUUUUGGCCUCUUGCCAUUAUGAGGCAGCCGCCAAACAGUUGGUCAAGCAGGUCGAUGUCCAGCUUCUCUUGAUGCAAGGAAUGACUUGGCAGGAGGGUGAGGAGAGUGAGGAGCCCGGCGAGGAGACCGACGGAGACGACAGCCCCGUGGCAGUCAUCCUUUUCACCUCAGGUAGUACGUCCACGCCUAAGGCCGUCCCCCACCGCCACAGCAGCCUGCUGUGGAAUUGCCGGAACAUCUCACGCGAGAAGUCCGAGGCUGUGCUGUUUCCAAACGCUGGGACAGUUUGUUUCCUGCCGAACUUCCAUGCCAUCGCCUUGACCGUGAACUUCAUUUUCAACCUCUACGCAGGGAUCCGCUGUGCAGUUUUGGAUGCGCCGGAAUCGAGUCCGGUGACCGUGGACUUGCUACUGGGAGCUUGUAAAGAUCUUCGGCCUACAGUCCUGAGCACGGUCCCCUGGGUGAUUGAGGCGAUCUGCAAAGAGCUGGAAAGAGGUGAAGAAGCAGCUUCCUAUGCGGCUGUUUGUGGGCGUUUGCAUCACAUUGCCUUUGCAGGGGCGCAGUUGCCCCGAGGCUGCUCCGAGGUUUGCAGGAUGCAUGGGAUCAAACUGCAGGUGGAUUACGGGCAAACAGAGUUGGGCGGGCCUCUUCUCUUUGGCCGCUUAGGCGCCAGGGCAGACUUGCUACAGCCAGUGGCUGGUGCCACCUACUCCUUUCGUUCUUUGCUCAAUUCGUCGGAGGAGCCACGGCGUGGUGAGCUGGUGCUCCACGGCGCAGAAUCUGCGGCACAGGCGUACCUAAAAGGCGGCCAGGGCCGCCCACUGACGGGUCCAGGGCAGCUGACAGUGGAGGAGUACUGGACAGGGGAUAUCUUCGAAGAAGUUGAGUGGGACGGCUCCACAUGGCUUCGUCACGUGUCUCGCAGCGAUGAUCUCCUUGUCCAUACGAGUGGAGAGAUGACGAACCCGCUGCCCAUGGAGAAGGUGCUGGGUCGCCUCGGGCUUCGGGCCUGCGUGGUUGGCGACCGUUUUCCACGGCCGCUUCUGGUCCUUGAGGCAGAGCGAGCCAAGGAGAAGAAUGCCUCCGAGCUUUGGAUCGCCAUCGAGGAGUGCAACGCCUUGCAGCCCGAAUGGUCCCGAGUCUUGCCACAGCACGUGGUCUUGAGCCAGGACAUGCCCGUGAGCGUCAAAGGCGAGAUCCAGCGGCAGUCGUUGCAGAAAUGCAUGGAGCCCACGCUCUCCUGGCUGAUGUUGGGCGGGCCUUCUCCAGAUGCGGAUGCAGCGGCAGCAGCAACAUGGCUAAUGGAAAACCUGGAGAGCAAGGAGCCUUCCUUUGAUUCGCUUGCGAUGGCAAGGGAUCAGAAACCUCCAGCAGAACUUGGCCACUUCUAUUUUGCCAUGAUGAUGGGUGUGUUCCUGGGUCACCAUUCCUUCCUUGUCCGCAGAAUUCUGGACGACAAGGCUGCAGGGAAGUAUCACGCUCUGAACAAUUUGUGGGGCACCAUGUCCAUGCAAGGAUUUGCGAUGUAUGCAGGGUAUGUGGACGAGCGAGAAUCUCCAACAUUCCGCUCGCUCGGACAGCUGCUUAUCCCAUGGGUUUUUGGACGCCUCCUGAAAUUAGCGAAACCCGGAGUCGAUAGCAGCUGUGACUAUCCUUGGUUCUUCAUGUUCAUGUUUUGGGCACGGCUUCUGCACAUUGUCACGCGUUCUCUGCUUCCGCGCCGGGCUGCAUGGGCAGUGCGGCUCGUGCUUGCAUCUGCCUUACACUUUGGAACAGGCUUCACUGCUGCCAAGAAUUUUCUGGAUAUUGAAGGAGGUGAUCCGCAGCCGCUGGCAGUGGCUCUCGUGCCUUAUACUCGCCAGGCCGGUUCGCACCUGUUUCUGUGGUACUUUGGCUUUGGGGCACUGCUUGGCUGGAUCAAACCCUUCUUAGUGAAGACUGCUAUUUGCAAGUGCUGCGCAGCAUUGCUGCUGACCGCCGUGAUGACAUACUUCAGCAGCAUAAACUACGAGUACGAGCGUGAUCCUUCAUCUGGCGCGGGCUACAGUGGAGUGGCAGGGGAUGUGGGUCAUGACAUGUUCGUGGACAUCGUGCAUUGUUUCCUGUCCUUUCUGGCUCUUCUUUGUGUUCUCAUCCUUGUGCCGCGCCAGAAGACGGCCUUUAGUGAUGCAGGUGGCAAUUCAGCGAGGGCAUACCUGCAAGGCCAGAGAAACUUGGCCACAAUGUUCUUUGCAAGCACAUACCUUCUUGUAGAUCAGUUGGCUGGAACGCAGUCAGAGACAAGGUUUCUUUGUGCCGUAGCGGCGACAUGCUGUAUAUGUCUGUUCGUAAGUUUGGGGAUGGAGCCGUGCCUGCCCUCCUGCCUGCACGGUAUCCCUGCAACUGUCAUCUAUGUGACAGUGCUUUUUGGACAAGCGUACCUCUGCAGCAUCCUCGCUUACUAG